CGACUCGUUCAGUAUCAUUUGCGCGACCGAUAAGCAAUCGAACGAUUCGUGCUCGUGUGAUUCAUAUAUACGUAUAUCGCGCGUAGAUUGCGAACUCGAGAUUUGUCGUAAGGAACAAGGAGAAAAGAGGAAGAGAGAGAGAGAAAGAGAGAAAGAAAGGACAGGAAAAGAAAAAGACAGAGAAAGAACGCAAGAGACAGUCACAAACGGACAAAUCGGGAAGUGGCUACGUGAACGAUGGUGUGCUCGACAGUGACGGAUAGCGAGAAGGAGACUCCGGCGAAAGGACCAUGCUAUGCGGUGGGCAUUGCACCGGGCGAUUAUCGUCUGGUCGGCUGGGACAUGGACACUACCGGCAAGAAGGUCAUUGACGAGAUCUGUCAAAUAGCCACAUACACUUCGGACUCUGCUUACUCUCAGUACGUGAUGCCGUACAAGGAUCUCAAUCCGACCGCGAUAAAGCGUCACAGCAUGAAAGUUGUGACCAACGGCAAAUUCCGCGUCUUAAGGCACAGUAAAACCAACGAGGUGAUCAAAUCCAAAAGUGAAGUGUCCGCAUUAAUGGACUUCCUGAGCUGGUUGGAGAACAUGAAGGGAGAAACAGCGGACGGAAUAAUUCUGGUUUAUCAUGAACCACGCAAAGUCAUCCCCGCGAUGUUGCUCGAAUCGCUGAAGAAGUACAAUCUCGUGGGCAGAUUCAAGGAAACAGUCAAAGGAUUUGCAAACGGAUUCAAUAUCGCCGAGCAAAAGUGCGCCAACUCUGCGCACGUUUAUUCCUUGCGUACUUUGUCGCGAACACUGCUGAAGAAGGAAGGGAAUCUGGGCAAUGCGCAAGAUAGAGCUUCGUUGGCUUUGCAAGUGGUGCAAUACUUGUGUUCGUUGGAAAGCAGCAAGCCCGAUGAUACGAAUGGUAGCGGAGAUACUGAUGAAACCAUCAAAAAAACGGUAGAAUUUGUGCGAGAAUUCGCGCAGCCCGUCGAUGUCGAGGAGCAGGAACAUGAUGAACUGAAGAUGAUAUUCGAGCGGCAGAAUAACUUGCGGCCGAUAUUCAGCGCCUUGUUCCGUAUGAACCGCCGGGAACGCCAACACGCUAGUCCCCUGCGGCGAUUGCUUGCCGAGGCUGGAAUCGAGUAUUCAGAGCUACAGGAUGCGUGGAAUAAUGAGAAGAAGGACGGACUGGAGCUUCUGCUGAAGGAAAAGCUACCGAAAGUUGAAGAGAAAAAGAUAGAGGAUCUAUUGUUUAUUCUCGAGCGUCACUUCGAUCCGGAAAAGAAGCCGAAGGUGAAAGAAAUGCCAGAGAGAAAGAGAGGCGUCAGGUCGAGAAUCCAAAAAGUGAACGACGACAAAGAGAAUAACAACAAGUGUGACUCGUGCACCGAGAGCCCGGACACCACGACGUCCGUUUCUCCCGUGAGACUAAACGAAGACGAGAAGACCAACAGCCUUUAAGGAAAGAGAAAAAACGAAAUAUUGAAAUAAAGCGAAUAGAGCUUUCUUUAACGCGGCGCAAAGUGGGUGUGCUUCGCGGCCAUUAUAUAUAUACGUCCUUUUCUUUUUGUUCAUUAACCUUUUUUUAACCGAAUGAGCGAAGGUGCAUUUUUCGUUGCCAUAAUAAUCGUUGAUGUAUAACGAUGAGAUGAUAAGUGAUAUUGAUAAUUAACGCAAAUGAACGUGGAUUUAGAGCGCGAUGCCGGUGGAAAUGCUCAUAUAGUCUCCAUACAGAAGAGAAAAAAUGAGCGUAGAAACUCUAUUUCCCCCUACGCGAUUUUCGCUAAAUCUACGUUGGUUGCAGUUGAAACUGUCGCGGAGAGACUCCCGUUUUGCGGUAGUUCUUUAAGAUAUAAAACACUUAAGGAUACGAACGCGAUCGUCCCGAUAGGGAUGAUACUUGUGCGUGAUCACAGGCGAGUGUUAUUUGUUGCAGUAUUGUACCUUUUUUCUUUCUUUAUUUUCUUUUUUUAUUUUAUUUCUAUUUACCUGCUCGAUCGGCAUUGCCGCGAAGAGCAGAGAAGAUUGAAUUUCCGCGUCGUGACGUAGCAUUGUCUUCGUUGUCGUCGAGCCCUUAAAUGUACAAAUAACACGUUAUUAAGCGACAUGUUUAGUUUGUUACGCGCAGAGUAUUUAAUAUCCGAUUACGUUUCAUAAUUUUAUACUAUUCUCUCGUACAUAACCUUCUCUCCUUCUCUCUUACGUUUUUCCUUUUAUUUAUACCGGAUCGCGGUACACUCGUGGCUGAGCGACAAACCGUCAUUAAUAGACUGCUAAGCGUGAAAAGCAUGGAAAAUAUCGUGGUAUUUCGUUAUCACGUAGUACCUAUAUGCGGACUGAUGUGCACGAUAUUUUCUACUUUUUACCGUUUAAGCCGCGCGCGCGAGUCGCGCGCGGAAGUAUUAGGGAGAGAGAGACAUAUUUUUGUAUCGCCGCGCUAUAACGCGCCGUUUCGUUUCUGCUGUAAGAUCUCGUUGUAUCAACAUUCGAUAAAAUAAAGAUAUUGGGUUAAU